GCCGCCCUCUCACCCCAAGAUGGCGGCGCCCGUAGGGCCGGUGAAGUUUUGGAAGCCGGGCUCGGAAGGUCCUGGUGUCAGUGUCUCAGAGGAGAGGCAGAGCCCUGCUGAGAGCAGUGCUGUGACUGUCAUCUACAACCCUUAUGCUUCCCUCUCCAUUGAACAGCAAAGGCAAAAGCUGCCUGUUUUUAAGCUAAGAAAUCACAUACUUUACUUAGUGGAGAACUACCAGACUCUGGUGAUUAUUGGGGAAACAGGAUGUGGGAAAUCAACACAGAUUCCACAAUACCUGGCUGAAGCUGGCUGGACAGCCGAAGGAAGAGUUGUUGGGGUGACACAGCCUCGGCGGGUCGCUGCUGUUUCAGUUGCAGGCCGAGUUGCUGAUGAAAGAGGUGCAGUGCUGGGACAUGAGGUUGGAUACUGUAUCCGGUUUGAUGACUGCACAGACCCACAGGCUACGAGAAUUAAGUUUCUAACUGAUGGUAUGCUGGUGAGGGAAAUGAUGGCUGAUCCUUUAUUAACAAGAUACAGCGUCCUCAUGCUGGACGAAGCUCAUGAAAGGACUCUUUAUACAGACAUUGCUAUUGGCUUACUAAAAAAGGUUCAGAAGAAGCGUGGGGAUCUUCGCCUGAUUGUGGCUUCAGCCACCUUGGAUGCAGAGAAAUUCAGGGAUUUCUUUAAUCAAAACGAUACCGGUGACCCCAGCAAGGACACCAGUGUGAUCCUUACUGUCGAGGGGAGGACAUUUCCAGUGGACAUCUUUUACCUGCAGAGCCCUGUUCCUGACUAUAUAAAAUCAACUGUGGAAACUACAAUGAAAAUUCACCAGAUGGAGAAUGAUGGUGAUAUACUGGCAUUUUUAACUGGCCAGGAGGAAGUGGAGACUGUUGUUUCCAUGCUCAUAGAACAGGCUCGGGCCCUCGCUCGCACCGGGAUGAAAAAGCACCUCCGUGUUCUCCCCAUGUACGCUGGGCUGCCUUCUCCUGAGCAGCUGAAAGUGUUUGAGAGAGUCCCUCACACUGUCAGGAAGGUGAUCGUCGCCACCAACAUUGCUGAGACCUCCAUCACGGUGCACGGCAUCGCCUUUGUCAUCGACUGCGGCUUUGUGAAGCUGCGUGCCUACAACCCCAAGACAGCCAUCGAGUGCCUGGUGGUGGUGCCGGUGUCCAAGGCCUCGGCCAACCAGCGGGCAGGGCGCGCCGGCCGCAGCCGCUCCGGAAAGUGCUACCGCCUCUACACAGAGGAGGACUUUGAGAAGCUGCCCAAGUCCACGGUGCCGGAGAUGCAGCGCAGUAACCUGGCCCCUGUCAUCCUGCAGCUCAAGGCUUUGGGCAUCGACAACGUGCUCAGGUUCCCCUUCCUUUCACCACCCCCUGCACAGUCAAUGGUGCAAGCUUUAGAGCUGCUGUAUGCUUUAGGAGGUUUGGAUAUGCACUGCCGAUUAACAGAGCCUCUGGGAAUGAGAAUAGCAGAGUUUCCUUUGAAUCCUAUGUUUGCAAAGAUGCUUCUGGAAUCAGGAAAUUUUGGCUGCUCCCAAGAGAUUUUGACAAUUGCUGCCAUGAUGCAGAUUCAAAACAUCUUUGUGAUCCCUCCAAAUCAAAAGAACCAGGCUGCCAGGCAACACAGAAAGUUUGCUGUGGAGGAAGGUGAUCAUCUGACCAUGCUGAAUGUUUAUGAAGCCUUUGUCAAACACAGCAAGAGCUCCCAGUGGUGUCAGGAUCACUUUCUGAACUAUAAAGGGCUUGUGAGAGCAUCUGUUGUAAGAGAGCAGCUGAAAAAACUUCUCGUCCGCUUUAAAGUGCCAAAGAAGUCCAGUGAAGGUGAUCCAGAUCCUGUUUUGAGGUGCAUAGUUUCUGGAUUCUUCGCUAAUGCAGCUAAAUUCCACUCCACAGGAGCUUACAGGACUAUCCGUGAUGACCACGAGCUUCAUAUCCACCCCAGCUCGGUGCUGUAUGCAGAGAAACCUCCACGCUGGGUAGUUUACAAUGAAGUCAUACAGACUGCUAAAUACUACAUGAGAGAUGUGACAGCUGUUGAAUCCUCCUGGCUCUUGGAACUGGCACCUCACUUUUACCAGCAAGGAACGGUACGGAAUCGGCAUAAAGGCCAAACGCAUCUUUCCUUGAAAGCAAAAAGGGCUAAAGUAGAUGACCACUGACAUGACUUCAGUUGUUGUGACAUCAGAAGCAGAACCUACCAGUGGUUUCUGGCUACAGUCCAUUCAGCAGUCAGCUCAUUAGCAAUUUGAUCUUCCAUCAACCUAGAUGUUUAAAUGCCUGCCAGGAUCUGUAGGGGUUUAUGCAUGACCAGUACACUGUAAACCUAGAGCUUGCAUUGUGGACAUUUUAAUCUUUGCCUACUUGACCUCUGUUGUUAAUCUGGGCAUGUUGCUCCUUUUAAAUAGGUAGAAAAACAACUUAAAAACUAAGAGGACAUACAGGACCACAAAAAAAACCUGAAACCUUCAAGAAAGAAACCGAUUUCCUGGAAUGGUACUGCCUUAUGAGCGUGGGGAGUAGGGUACCCUGCCUCCUGUCACCCAGAGCACUGUGACUUACACCGGCCAAACUGAGCCUGGCUCCUGCCAGCAGGAGCUCAGGGCAAUCAACUACCCCUUGAAAUGCAAGGUGCUGCCAUGGAAACAUUGAGUUCGUGUUGGACCAUCCCAAACUGGUGCAGCUUGUGCUCCCAAGCAGUAAAAGUGUCCUGCCUGAGGCUGAGCUGGCCUGGCUCACUGUGCUGAGCAGUCCCUGGGUACUGAAAUGUCUGGGUGCUGCACGUGGGAGUUGCUGUUUGGGGAGGGGGAGAAAGAGCAGCUCAGUAUUUUUAAGAUGGAUUAAUUUUCUGCUCAAUCAGGGGACUAAAGAUGAAUGUUCACAAUCAAUCAAGUUCACAGACGGGGCUUUACUUUUCUUUUUAUCCUAUGAGAGAAAAAAUGUUAACCUUCCACUGGCUGGAAAUACCAGUAAAUGUUGUCUGCAGAAUAUUAUGGAA